AAAGAAUGAAUCCUUGGUUAACCCGUCGCAUGGGAUAAAAAUAAUCGUUCUGUAGCUUCGUCUUCCCCAAUGCUUCUUUCCGCACGCAUCUUGCUGACCCCUCUCUUCAGAAACCACAUCACAUAGAUACUUUCGCUAUCGAACCAAGUAAUCCUGAUUCCAAUCCUUCUUCGCCACUCUUUAUCAACUUCGAUCUAAAUCAUCGUUUUCGUCCCACAUCAGUUGGGAUUUUUGGAUAAUUGAUAUGGGUGAUAGCAGUGUCCCAUCUGGGUCUCCAAAUGCAAAACCAGAUCUUGUUCAUGGAGACUCAGCGGUUUCCAACAACGCCUCGUUGGAAACCAUUGUGCAAAGUUUCCAAGAUUCAAUGACUCUUGGUAAGAGGCAUAAGUUCUGGGAAACACAACCUGUUGGACAGUACAAGGAUGUUGGGGACGCAAGUUUGACUGAAGGCCCCAUUGAGCCCCCCACACCUUUGUCUGAGGUUAAGCAGGAGCCUUAUAACCUUCCUAGUGCUUAUGAAUGGACCACAUGUGACAUGGACUCUUCGGAAACCUGUGAUGAGGUUUAUGUUCUGCUGAAGAAUAACUAUGUUGAGGAUGAUGAAAACAUGUUCAGGUUCAACUAUUCCAAGGAGUUUCUCAGGUGGGCGUUGCGCGUUCCGGGGUAUUACCGGAGUUGGCACAUUGGUGUGCGUGCCAAGACCUCGAAGAAGUUGGUUGCUUUCAUCAGUGGCGUACCAGCAAGGAUCAGAGUUAAUGAGGAGGUUGUGAAGAUGGCUGAGAUCAAUUUCUUGUGUGUUCAUAAGAAGCUCAGGUCGAAGAGGCUUGCGCCUGUUAUGAUCAAGGAGGUGACUAGGAGGGUUCAUCUGGAAAAUAUUUGGCAGGCGGCUUAUACAGCUGGGGUUGUGCUUCCAACACCAAUCACGACUUGUCAGUAUUGGCAUCGAUCAUUGAAUCCGAAGAAGCUGAUUGAUGUCGGGUUUUCAAGGCUUGGUGCUAGGAUGACGAUGAGUCGCACAAUAAAACUUUAUAAAUUGCCAGAUUCUCCUGUUACCCCUGGAUUCAGGAAAAUGGAGCUUCGGGAUGUCCCGGCUGUUACUCGGCUACUUAGAAACUACUUGAGCCAGUUUGUUGUUGCACCUGAUUUUGAUGAAAAUGAUGUUGAGCACUGGCUACUUCCCAAUGAGAAUGUGGUGGAUAGUUUCUUGGUGGAGAGUCCGGGGAAUCAUGAGAUCACUGACUUCUGCAGCUUCUAUACACUCCCCUCUUCGAUCCUUGGAAAUCAAAAUUACUCAACUUUGAAAGCUGCUUAUUCUUAUUAUAAUGUCUCCACCAAAACCCCAUUGACUCAGUUGAUGAAUGAUGUGCUAAUUGUAGCAAAGCAAAAGGAUUUUGAUGUUUUCAAUGCCUUGGAUGUGAUGCACAAUGAGAGUUUCCUCAAAGAGCUCAAGUUUGGACCGGGAGAUGGACAGCUUCACUACUACUUGUACAAUUAUAGGAUUCGUAAUGCCUUGAAACCAUCUGGACUCGGGCUUGUGCUUUUGUAGUUUUGAUAUUAUUCAGUUUUGGUGUUGCUAGGUGAUUGGCAAAACCAUUCAUUUGUUUUGUUUUAUUAGCUGCUUGUUUCAACAUUAUUUCUUGUUCCUUUCAAAUACUGGCAAUUAACAUAUUAGGUUGCAGGGUAUGUGAGAGCCCAUCUUUUGGCAGACUUUCAGCUAAUAUGCUUACAUUGCAAAAUUCUGAAGUUGUUGUUGCCUGGUGCUUCAUAGAUUUCCUUUUUGCUUUA